GCUCAAAGGCGGCGACGACCGCGGCGCACGGGCCGCCCGCUCUGACGCGCGCGGCGCUCCGGCCCGCCCGCACCUCCUCCCCAUACCUGAGCGGGGAGCGGCGCCGCGGCCUCCUGCCCCGCCCGCUCGCAACUCCUGCGCGGCCGCCGCGGCGCCGCCGCCACCUCGGGAGUAAAGGUCGCGCCGGCCGCGAGCGAGCCGGCCGCGGCGCCUCCAGGAAGCCGGCUGGGCAGGUCGGGGGAAGGGGAAAGGGAGAAACUCCCGGCGAGCCCAGGAAGAUGGCGCCAGGCGGGCCGGCCGCGGACUGAGCGCCGCCGGGGCAGCCAGGAGCAGCGACCCGCCGCCCCCCGAGCGCGGCGCCCGGGCUCCGGCCCGGCGCGCGGGGUCAUGUCGGUCAGCGAGCUGUACAGCCAGUACACGAGGGUGUGGAUCCCUGACCCUGAGGAAGUGUGGCGCUCAGCUGAGUUAACCAAGGACUACAAAGAGGGAGACAGGUGCCUCCAGCUCAGACUGGAAGAUGAAACCGUUCGAGAGUACCCAAUCGAUGUCCAAAGCAACCAGCUGCCCUUCUUACGGAAUCCAGACAUCUUGGUUGGGGAAAAUGACCUCACUGCCCUUAGCUAUCUCCACGAACCUGCGGUUUUGCACAAUCUGAAGGUCCGCUUCCUGGAGUCCAACCAUAUCUACACCUACUGUGGUAUCGUGCUUGUUGCCAUUAAUCCUUACGAGCAGUUGCCAAUCUAUGGACAAGAUGUCAUCUACGCCUACAGUGGCCAAAACAUGGGCGACAUGGACCCCCACAUCUUCGCCGUGGCGGAGGAAGCCUACAAACAGAUGGCCAGAGAUGAGAAGAACCAGUCCAUCAUCGUCAGCGGGGAGUCUGGAGCCGGGAAGACCGUGUCGGCCAAGUAUGCCAUGCGCUACUUCGCCACAGUCGGCGGCUCAGCCAGUGACACCAACAUCGAAGAGAAGGUCCUGGCAUCCAGUCCCAUCAUGGAGGCCAUUGGCAAUGCUAAAACCACUCGCAAUGACAACAGCAGCCGCUUUGGGAAGUACAUUCAGAUUGGCUUCGACAAACGGUACCACAUCAUUGGGGCCAACAUGAGGACCUACCUGUUGGAGAAGUCCAGAGUGGUCUUCCAGGCAGACGACGAGAGGAAUUACCACAUCUUUUACCAGCUCUGUGCUGCUGCCAGUCUUCCGGAAUUCAAAGAACUCGCGCUAACGUGUGCAGAGGACUUUUUCUACACCUCCCAGGGUGGAGACACGUGCAUCGAGGGAGUGGACGAUGCCGAGGACUUCGAGAAGACGCGGCAAGCCUUCACGCUCCUGGGGGUGAGAGAGUCCCAUCAGAUAAGCAUUUUUAAGAUAAUUGCUUCCAUCCUGCACCUCGGAAGUGUGGAGAUUCAGGCUGAGCGGGAUGGCGAGUCCUGUAGUAUAUCACCCCAGGAUGAGCACCUGGGCAACUUCUGCCGCCUGCUCGGAGUGGAGCACAGUCAAAUGGAACACUGGCUGUGCCACCGCAAGCUGGUCACCACCUCGGAGACCUACGUGAAGACCAUGUCCCUGCAGCAGGUGGUGAACGCCCGCAACGCCCUGGCCAAGCACAUCUACGCGCAGCUGUUCAGUUGGAUCGUGGAGCACAUCAACAAGGCCCUGCACACCUCCCUCAAGCAGCACUCCUUCAUCGGCGUCCUGGACAUCUACGGGUUUGAGACCUUUGAGGUGAACAGCUUUGAGCAGUUUUGUAUCAACUAUGCAAAUGAGAAGCUCCAGCAACAGUUCAACUCGCAUGUGUUCAAACUGGAGCAGGAAGAGUACAUGAAGGAGCAGAUCCCUUGGACCCUGAUCGAUUUUUAUGAUAACCAACCCUGCAUUGACCUCAUAGAAGCUAAGCUGGGCAUCCUGGACCUGCUGGAUGAAGAGUGUAAGGUCCCCAAAGGCACUGACCAGAACUGGGCGCAGAAGCUCUACGACCGGCACUCGGGCAGCCAGCACUUCCAGAAGCCGCGCAUGUCCAACACAGCCUUCAUCGUGGUGCACUUUGCAGAUAAGUUCCCGCUCGUGGCUGACCUGUUCCAUGACGACAAGGACCCUGCCCCUGCCACCGCUGCAGCUGGCAAGGGAUCGUCUUCAAAGAUCAACAUUCGCUCCGCCAGACCCCCCUUGAAAGCUUCCAACAAGGAGCACAAGAAAACCGUGGGCCACCAGUUCCGCACCUCCCUGCAUCUGCUCAUGGAGACCCUGAACGCCACGACGCCUCACUACGUGCGCUGCAUCAAGCCCAACGACGAGAAGCUCCCCUUCCACUUUGACCCCAAGAGAGCGGUGCAGCAGCUUCGAGCCUGCGGGGUGCUGGAGACGAUUCGCAUCAGUGCGGCUGGCUACCCGUCCAGGUGGGCCUACCACGACUUCUUCAACCGGUACCGGGUGCUGGUCGCGAAGAGGGAGCUGGCCAACACGGACAAGAAGGCCGUCUGCAAGGCUGUCCUGCAGGACCUCCUUAAGGAUCCCGACAAGUUCCAGUUCGGCCGCACCAAGAUCUUCUUCCGGGCAGGCCAGGUGGCCUACCUGGAGAAGCUGCGAGCUGACAAGUUCCGGGCAGCCACCAUCAUGAUCCAGAAAACCGUCCGCGGCUGGCUGCAGAAGGUGAAAUACCGCAGGCUGAAGGGGGCAACCUUGACCCUGCAGAGGUACUGCCGAGGAUACCUGGCCCGCAGGCUGGCCGAGCACCUGCGGAGGACCAGGGCGGCCGUGGUGCUGCAGAAACAGUACCGCAUGCGGAGGGCACGCCUGGCCUACCAGCGUGUGCGCAGGGCUGCCAUCGUCAUCCAGGCCUUCGCUCGGGCCAUGUUCGUGCGCAGAAUCUACCGCCAGGUCCUCAUGGAGCACAAGGCCACCGUCAUCCAGAAGCACGUGCGAGGCUGGAGGGCGCGCAGGCGUUUCCUGCAGCUGCGGGCCGCGGCCAUCGUCAUGCAGUGUGCCUUCCGGAGGCUCAAGGCCAAGCGGGAGCUGAAGGCCCUCAAGAUCGAGGCUCGCUCGGCGGAGCACCUGAAGCGGCUCAACGUGGGCAUGGAGAACAAGGUGGUCCAGCUGCAGCGGAAGAUCGACGACCAGAACAAAGAGUUCAAGACCCUGUCGGAGCAGUUGUCGGCGGUCACCUCCACACACGCCAUGGAGGUGGAGAAGCUGAAGAGGGAGCUGGCGCGCUACCAGCAGAGCCAGGACGGGGACGCCAGCCUGCAGCUGCAGGAGGAGGUGCAGAGCCUGCGCACGGAGCUGCAGAGGGCGCACUCGGAGCGCAGGGUCCUGGAGGACGCCCACAGCAGGGAGAAGGACCAGCUGAGGAAGCGCGUCGCAGACCUGGAGCAGGAGAACGCCCUCCUGAAAGAUGAGAAGGAGCAGCUCAACAACCAGAUCCUGGGCCAGUCCAGAGAUGAGGCCGCCCAAAGCUCCGUGAAGGAGAACCUGAUGAAGAAGGAGCUGGAGGAGGAGCGGGCCCGGUACCAGAACCUCGUGAAGGAGUUCUCCCGGUUGGAGCAGAGAUACGACAACCUGCGGGACGAGGUGGCCGUCAUAAAGCAAACCCCAGGCCACAGACGGAAUCCAUCAAACCAGAGUAGCUUAGAAUCUGACUCCAAUUACCCGUCCAUCUCCACGUCUGAGAUCGGAGACACGGAGGAUGCCCUCCAACAGGUGGAGGAAGUCGGCCUGGAGAAGGCAGCCAUGGACAUGACGGUCUUCCUGAAGCUGCAGAAGAGAGUGCGGGAGCUCGAGCAGGAGAGGAAGAAGCUGCAGGGGCAGCUGGAGAAGAGAGAGCAGCAGGACAGCAGGAAAAACCAGGCGGAACAACCCAAGAAUGACCUGGAUCUGGACCAGGAUGCGGAUCUGGCCUACAAUAGUCUGAAGAGGCAGGAGCUGGAGUCGGAGAACAAGAGGCUGAAGAACGACCUGAACGAGCUGAGGAAAGCCGUGGCCGACCACGCCACGCAGGACAACGCCACGCACAGCUCCCCAGACGGCUACAGCCUCCUGCUGAACCAGCUCAGGCUGGCCAACGAGGAGCUGGAGGUGCGCAAGGAGGAGGUGCUCAUCCUCCGGACACAGAUCGUGAGCGCCGACCAGCGCCGGCUCGCUGGCAAGAACGCGGAGCCCAACAUUAACGCCAGGACAAGCUGGCCUAACAGUGAGAAGCACGUGGACCAGGAAGACGCCAUUGAGGCCUAUCACGGGGUCUGCCAGACAAACAGCAAGACUGAGGAUUGGGGAUAUUUGAAUGAAGAUGGAGAACUCGGCCUGGCCUACCAAGGCCUAAAGCAAGUCGCCAGGUUGCUGGAGGCGCAGCUGCAGGCCCAGAGCCUGGAGCACGAGGCGGCGGUGGAGCAGCUGCAGGCCCAGGUAGAAGCCCUGAAGGAGGAGCUGGACCGGCAGCAGCAGACCUUCUCCCAGACGCUGCUGCUCUCCCCAGAGGCCCAGGUGGAAUUCGGCGUCCAACAGGAGAUGUCCCGGCUGACCAACGAGAACCUGGACUUUAAAGAACUGGUAGAAAAACUGGAGAAGAAUGAGAGGAAGCUCAAAAAGCAACUGAAGAUUUACAUGAAGAAAGUCCAGGACCUAGAAGCUGCCCAGGCGUUGGCCCAGAGCGACAGGCGGCGCCAUGAGCUCACCAGGCAGGUGACGGUGCAGCGGAAGGAGAAGGACUUCCAGGGCAUGCUGGAGUACCACAAGGAGGACGAGGCCGCCCUCAUUCGGAACCUGGUGACAGACCUGAAGCCACAGACACUGCUGGGCACCGUGCCCUGCCUCCCCGCCUACAUCCUCUACAUGUGCAUCCGGCACGCGGACUACACCAACGACGACCUCAAGGUGCACUCCCUGCUGACCUCCACCAUCAACGGCAUCAAGAAAGUCCUCAAGAAGCACAAUGACGACUUUGAGAUGACGACCUUCUGGUUAUCCAACACCUGCCGCCUGCUCCACUGUUUGAAGCAGUACAGCGGGGACGAGGGCUUCAUGACCCAGAAUACGGCCAAGCAAAACGAGCAUUGUCUUAAGAACUUCGACCUCACCGAAUACCGCCAGGUGCUGAGCGACCUUUCCAUCCAGAUCUACCAGCAGCUCAUCAAGAUCGCCGAGGGCUUGCUGCAGCCCAUGAUAGUUUCUGCCAUGCUGGAAAACGAGAGCAUCCAGGGGCUGUCUGGGGUGAAGCCCACCGGCUACCGGAAGCGCUCCUCCAGCAUGGCGGACGGGGACAACGCCUACUGCCUGGAGGCCGUCAUCCGCCAGAUGAAUUCCUUCCACACGGUCAUGUGCGACCAGGGCCUGGACCCCGAGAUCAUCCAGCAGGUGUUCAAGCAGCUCUUCUACAUGAUCAGCGCGGUGACCCUCAACAACCUGCUCCUGCGCAAGGACGCCUGCUCCUGGAGCACCGGCAUGCAGCUCAGGUACAACAUAAGUCAGCUUGAAGAGUGGCUACGGGGAAGAAACCUGCACCAGAGCGGAGCAGUCCAGACCAUGGAGCCCCUCAUCCAAGCAGCUCAGCUCCUGCAGUUGAAGAAGAAAACCCAAGAGGAUGCGGAGGCCAUCUGCUCCUUGUGCACCGCCCUCAGCACCCAGCAGAUUGUCAAAAUUUUAAACCUUUAUACUCCCCUGAAUGAAUUUGAAGAACGGGUAACAGUGGCCUUUAUACGAACAAUCCAGGCACAACUGCAAGAGCGGAACGACCCUCAGCAACUGCUGUUAGACUUCAAACACAUGUUCCCUGUUCUGUUUCCAUUUAACCCAUCCUCUCUGACCAUGGACUCCAUUCAUAUCCCAGCCUGUCUCAACCUGGAGUUCCUCAAUGAAGUCUGAAGGCGCAGGCUCCCAACGUUAACUUGAGUCCCAGCAAGAGCCAGCAAGCAUACACAGGAAAGUGAUUCAGGGAUCUGUGUGAGGUGGUGAAAGUGGAUUCCAUCAGAGCCCGACUACACGUGGACAGUGCCGCACUACACGGAACAAGCCACACUCACGUCAUUAUUUUUUGUACCUACUGCUCAGAAUAAAAACACUUGAAAUAUGGAAAA